AUGAUCGGCGAAUCAUUAUAUUGCAAGCUUUUACUGCCCCAGAAGAAAGAAGCCUUCCUCAUCAAGCGUCAGGCACGUCAAGAAGAGGAAACAAAGAAGAAUAUGGCCCAAAUUCUCGAUAUUGCCGAGGAUGAAAGAAAGUAUCAAAUGGAAUUACAAAGAAAGGAGAGAGAUCGGUUCAGACUCGGGUACCACGCUGAGCAAGACUUCCCCUCGAGAUUAUUUUCAGAGUCCCCCUCGGUUGGGAGAAAGCUGCUUUCUUCGGGUGACAGCUCCGUCGGUUCGUUAUGA